CGGGAUUAUCCAUUGUUUAGUUUCUCCAGGUCCGCUCUCCAAGGGCCACGAUUUGUCGAGGUCUGGUGGCUUGCGCUAGGCGUCCAAUCCAUCUGACGCCACAUUUCAGUAAUUGCAGGGAUACUCGGGCUUUUCUCGCGCACCUCGCUCCCGCCUCGCGGGCUGCCAAUCAAAACCCUGAUGAAGUGGAGGGACGAGGCUUCGUACGGCGCGAGGCCGAACCGACGAUUAAAUAUAUAAGGGCUCGAAAGCUCGAGGAUAAUUCUUUCAUCACAUCACAAUUCAUCUUCACAAGCAUCUCAAGAGUCUUCUACUUUCAACCUCCAGACAACAGUCCUGAAAAUAUAUCUCUCCAGAAAGCCCAAAAGAGGAGAUCCAUCAUGUCGACCUCUACCCAACCCAAGCAAACCAUCCUAUGCCUAGGAGCAACUGGCGGCUGCUGCCUCAACUUCCUCAUCCGCGCCUUGCAAGAAGGCCACACAGUCUCAGCUCUCGUCCGAACCGAGGCUAAACUCGUCAACCUCCUCAAAGAAAAUAAGGUCUCAGAUGACCUCCUCAAAAACCUGACAAUCGUCCAAGGAAACUCCAAGAACGAAGCCGACAUGGCCAAAGCUUUGCAACUCAACGGACAAGUCGUAGACCUUGUCAUGUCUGGCAUCGGCGCCGUCCCGAAAUUCAAGAACCUGAUGCCGACGAUUGAGGAUCCGACGAUUUGCGCCGACACGAUGACCACACUUUUCAAAUCCUUAACCGCAAUCCGAGAAUCCUCCCCGAGCAGUUACAAGCGUCCGAUUCUGGUGGGGAUCAGCACUACAGGUAUCUCUGAGUUCGGGCGCGACCUUCCGCUUGCAAUGAUACCCGUUUACAAUGUGCUGGCCAGUGUACCGCAUGCAGAUAAGAAGCUUAUGGAGAAGCUGAUUAAGACGGAAGGGAAUAAAGAGGGGGGCUUACUCAGUGGCUGGGUUAUUGUCAGAGCGAGCUUUUUGGAGAUGGGGACUAAGGAUGUGGGGUGGGAGAAGUUGAGGGUUGGGGUCGAAGAGAAUGGCAAACCGAUGCCGAAGAGUGCAAUUGGGUGGACGAUUUCUAGACCUGAUGUUGGGCGGUGGAUUUAUGGGGCUUUGGUGCAGGAUAAGGAGGGGAGGAUGAGGGAGAGGUAUCUGAAUAAGUGUGUGGGGAUCACUUCUUAGGGUUACUUUCUUGUCUUUGCUCUUGCGAAUCGUUUUUCCUUCUUGUUAUAUGUACUAGAAAGCGCUGCUCUUAUACCUUGUACUACUACCUAGCCUCUCAUCGUAAUCAUAGGAUACACCCUUCACUGGACCCCUCUUCAAGGCCCUUCCCCUACUU